AUGGCCCGAGGCCGCACCUAUUCCCGACAUCACCGCCAGCACUGUCGCCGCUGCCUUCGUAUCGACGUGGGUGUGCCGUUUCGGGGUCCCUUCACCAUGACAACCGACCGGGGACGGCAAAUUGAAUCGUCCAUCUUUGCCACCCUCACUGCGCUCCUUGGCACCCACCGCACUCGCACCACCGCCUACCACCCCGCGUCUAACGGCCUGGUGGAGCGGUUUCAUCGUCACCUUAAAGCCGCCUUGCGAGCCCACUCCAACUCUUCAGCCUGGACUGAAGCCUUACCAGUUAUCCUGCUCGGCCUGCUGUCGGUUUUCAAGUCUGACUUGGGCUGCACUACCGCGCAGCUAGUGUACGGCACGACCCUUCGCCUUCCUGGCGAGUUCUUCGCGCCUGCGUCCGCCAGCACCGUUCCCGACCCCACAGACUAUGUUUCUCGGCUGCGAGCCGUUUUCGCCGACCUGCGUCCGACGUCCCCGCGUCGCACCUCUGGCGCUAGGGUCUACGUUCAUCGGGACCUGCUCACGUGCACGCACGUUUUUGUGCGUGUCGACGCCGUACGCAAGCCCCUUCAACCGCCCUACAACGGACCCUACCCCGUCAUCAGCAGUACACCGAAGCACUUCAUGCUCCGCAUCAACGGGAAGGACGACCAAGUUUCUAUUGAUCGGCUCAAGCCGGCUUACACGGAAGCCUGCUCGCAGCUAGGCUACACCAUUUGUCAACCCCAAGCGCCCGCAAGUCCCUGCCCUACUCCCUAG